AUUUGUCGUUGCGAGCGGACGUGUUUGAUUGUUGCUGCGUUCAAUUUAAUAAUAUCGUGAACUGCGACUCCUAAGUGAAAUUCACUCCAAUUGUAAAUUGUGCCAAAAAUUAAAAUUGUAAAUCGUAUAUGAAAAGAUAAAUGAAUGCGUAUAAAACACACUAAACAAGUGCAAAUGCAACGUCUAAUCAAAUACAGUGGUAAUUAAAAAGUGCAAGAAACAAGCGUGACUACCCCUAUUUAGAUAGUGGAGACUACCCCUAAAAGAAACAGCACACAAUUUGUUGGUGUCAAUUAUACGGGGCAGCUGUGCAUAUAAUUUGCGACGCAACUGUAAACACAAAAAGCCGUCAAACUGUGGGGCUCCGGGGCAUUUUUUCUUCCUCCGCAAGGAAUGUAUUAUCCGCACAUGGUGCAGGCUAAUGUGGCGCCCUUUGCAGGCGCACCAACCGGCUAUCCCGCCGCUCCAGGACCAGCGGCAGCGGCCGCUGCUGGUGCGCCCACGGCGGCCGAGAGCCUGUCGCUGGCCGUGACAGCAGCCGCCAUCAAAACUGAGCCCGGCAUGCAGCUAAAGGCAGCCGCCGAAUCCUCAACAGCGGGCAAUGGCAGCACAGGAGCCGCUGGUGUCGCGCCAGCAGCUGUGGCUGUAGCCACCAGCGUGGCAGAUGGCGUCGUUGUCAAUGCACCGUUGUAUAUUCAACAAAAGACAAAUCUGUCAACACAACAACAACAACAACAACAACAAACACAACAGACACAGUACAAUGGCAGCAUUAGCAAUGGGACCGCAGCUCCAACUACAGCCCCACUGCCACUGCAAGCAAGUGGUGCAGGAACAACUGCUCCGACGCUGGUCACGCAACAGCAGCAGCAACAGCAGCAACAACAGCAGCCACCCGCGCCUCUGACAAAUGGACACGCGAUGGAGCAACUGCAGCAGCAACAGCAGCAGCAGCAGCUACCGCAUACCCCACAGAAUGUGCUCAGCAUUUCCACAGUAUUGAUUGCCAACGAGGCAGCGGAGGCACAGCAGAAUUCAGCACUGCCCCAUUCUGGUGGAGGCGGCAGCGGUACUGGUGGUGGAGGCGGCGGCGGUGGUGGCGGUGGUGGUGGUGUCGGCUGUGGUAUGCCUAGCUCACCGCUCAGCAGCUCACCGUCCAGCGUUACAGUCGCCCCGACAGCAGCCACACUCAACGGCAGCAGCAACAGUAAUAGUAUCUCGAACGAUGGCAACAUCUCGGGCAACACAUCACCUAUUGCCAGCGGUGAGCCGCUGCUGCAAACACCACCAGCUGCACAGCAACAACAGCAGCAACAACAGCAGCAACAGCAACAACAGCUCAACUUAAGCAGCAGUCCCACAGCAGCCACCUCGGUGACAGGCAGCUCCAUAGCAUCGGGCACCUUGGCCGCAACCAGCAGCAGCAUCUCGACAGGAUUGCUGCCCACAGCUGGUCUGGAUAGUAUUGCCAAUUGCGGCGUGGCCACGGUCAGCGGCAUUCUGACUGCUACCGCGCAAUCACCCAAUGUGGUCACUAGUCUAAACAGUGCUCAAGUCCAGCCGGUCUCCUCGUCGGUGGCUGCCGCCAUGGCCGCUCCCGCAACACUGGACGCCAAAAGUCAACCCAAGCGCUUACAUGUCUCUAAUAUACCGUUUCGCUUCAGAGAUCCCGAUCUACGUGCCAUGUUUGGGCAAUUUGGCAACAUUUUGGACGUGGAAAUCAUCUUCAAUGAGCGCGGCAGCAAGGGAUUCGGUUUUGUAACAUUCGCUAACAGCAACGAUGCAGAACGAGCACGCGAACGUCUAAACGGCACCGUGGUUGAGGGACGCAAAAUCGAGGUGAAUAACGCCACUGCACGUGUACAAACCAAAAAAGUGACGGCAGUACCCAACGUUGUACUGACCAAAGACGGUGCCCUACCGGCUCCAGCUCUAGUUUGCGUACAAUGGCCUGAAGCCGCCGCCGCCGCCGCUGCCAUGCAUGGAGCUGCCAUGCCACAUAGACACAUGGGCGUGGUCGGUGCCACACCCUUCCAUCCUCGGCACCAUUAUCCGGCGCUGGUAGCCGCCGCUGCCGCCGCUCAGCAGCAACAGCAACGUCAAGUGGCCGCCGCUGCCGUGGCCGCAGCUGCUGCCCAACAGCAGCAGCAUCAGCAACAACAGCAACAGCAGCACCAGCAGCAGCAGCAACAACAACAGCAGCAACAACAACAACAGCAGCAGCAACAGCAACAACAUGCCGCAGUCGCCGCCGCCGCCGCUGCCCAACACUCACAGCACGCCGCUGCUGCCGCCGCCGCCGCCGCUCACACACAUCCGCAUGCCCAUGCGCAUGCGCUCGCGCCUCAACUAGCCCAGCUGCAGCCAACGCUGCAGGCCGUUGCCGUGCCCACUGCCGCUGGCAGUGCUGCGGCUGCUGCCGCUCAGCAACACUCGGCGCUGCAGCAAUCCCUGGCAGCGGCCGCAGCCGCACAGAACUCAGGUGUGACGGGCAGUGCGAGUGCCGCUGCCGCCGCCGCGUAUGCGGCGCGACUAUCCGCUGCAACGGCAUCCCAAACACCGGCCGCUGCUGCUGCGGCUGCUGCUUCCAUGGCAGCGUCGGCUAAUGCGGCCAACAAUGCUGCCGCUUUGCAUGGAUUUGCGCCCGUAUACUAUGAUCACUUCUUAGCAGCCGCUGAUCCAAAUCUACGCUUCCAGGCAGCCAAACCGGUCACUGAAGUUCCAGCCGCACAGCCAGCCGCCAUAUUAAAUCGCCGCACUGUGACUACGCUAAACAGUACCCCACAUACGAUCAACCGCAUUCCGGUACCACAGAAUGUUUUGGCCACUGCUCCGCUGUUAAAGACUCCCCUGUCUCAGGCCCAGCAGCAGGCGUAUGCCACCACCUACACGGCGGUCGCUGCCCGGGCCGCCUACGGGGCCGCUGCAGCUGCAGCCGCCCAGCCAGCACUCGCUGGUUACGCCACCGUAGCGGGUUACGCGCGCGAGUAUGCGGAUCCUUAUCUUGGACAUGGCAUUGGACCCGUGCCCGGCUAUGGGGCAACAAUAUACCGCGGUGGCUACAAUCGUUUCGCGCCAUAUUAAAAAGCUUCAGAAGUCAGCCAAAUAACGCAAUUGAACUACUCUCGAAAAUGCUCAAUGUAUGAACAAGAAUUAGACGUAAAUACUCCUCCUCCUACAGUGCAGUAUGUAGCAGUUGAAUCUAUAUAUAUAGGUCCAGACACGCAGAAACAGAUGCUCAAAGAUGAUCGACAAAACGCGGAACCCACUCAAACAAAAAAUGGAGAGUUGAA